GCGGGCGGCCGUUGCCAUCCGUUGUCCCCAGGAGGGCAGACUCGGGGCAGGGCCUUCGCCACUUUUGUGCUUUGCUCAAGAUGUGGUAAGCUCUCUCCCUGAGCCCCACACACCCCUUAUAAAGGGAGGCUGGUACUGGUGGGACCAGUUCAGCCGCCUCCCCAGUGCCAGGAGCCCUCUGGAAAGAGUUCAUUCUCUCGCUUCUGGAGAAGAUGCAGACCCAGGAGAUCCUGAGGUUGCUGCGGCUGCCUGAGCUGGGUGACUUGGGCCAGUUUUUCCGCAGCCUCUCAGCCACCACCCUCGUGAGUGUGGGUGCACUGGCCGCCAUCCUCGCCUACUGGUUCACUCACCGGCCAAAGGCCUUACAACCACCAUGCAACCUCCUGAUGCAGUCAGAGGAAGUGGAGGACAGUGGCGGGGCCCGGCGAUCUGUGAUCGGCGACGGCCCUCAGUUGCUCACCCACUACUACGAUGAUGCCAGGACCAUGUACCAGGUGUUCCGCCGUGGGCUCAGCAUCUCAGGGAAUGGACCCUGUCUUGGCUUCAGGAAGCCGAAGCAACCUUAUCAGUGGCUGUCCUACCAGGAGGUGGCUGACAGAGCUGAAUUUCUAGGGUCUGGACUUCUCCAACACAAUUGUAAACCAAGUACAGAUCAGUUUAUUGGCGUUUUUGCACAAAAUCGGCCAGAGUGGAUCAUCGCGGAGCUUGCCUGCUACACGUAUUCUAUGGUGGUGGUCCCGCUCUAUGACACCCUGGGCUCUGGGGCUAUCCGCUACAUCAUCAGGACAGCCGACAUCAGCACCGUGGUCGUGGACAAACCUCAGAAGGCCGUGCUUCUGCUGGAACAUGUGGAAAGGAAGGAGACUCCAGGGCUCAAGCUCAUCAUCAUCAUGGAACCGUUCGAGGAAGCUCUGAAAGACAGAGGGCAGGAGUGCGGGGUGGUCAUUAAGUCCAUGCAGGCUGUGGAGGAGUGUGGCCAACAGAAUCAUCAGGCUCCUGUGCCCCCGAAGCCCAGCGACCUCUCCAUUGUGUGUUUCACAAGCGGCACAACAGGGAGCCCAAAAGGCGCGAUGCUCACCCAUGGGAACGUGGUGGCUGAUUUCUCAGGCUUUCUGAAAGUGACAGAGAAAGUGAUCUUUCCGAGACAGGACGAUGUGCUCAUCUCCUUCCUGCCUCUGGCUCACAUGUUUGAGAGAGUAAUCCAGUCUGUUGUCUACUGCCAUGGGGGGCGCGUCGGCUUCUUCCAGGGAGACAUCCGUCUCCUCCCAGAUGACAUGAAGGCUCUGCACCCCACCAUCUUCCCUGUGGUCCCUCGAUUGCUGAACCGGAUGUAUGACAAGAUCUUCAGCCAGGCAGACACACCAUUAAAGCGCUGGCUCUUGGAGUUUGCAGCAAAGCGUAAACAGGCUGAGGUCCGGAGUGGAAUCAUCAGGAAUGAUAGUAUCUGGGAUGAACUCUUUUUUAAUAAGAUUCAGGCCAGUCUUGGUGGGUGUGUGCGGAUGAUUGUCACUGGAGCGGCCCCCGCAUCACCGACAGUGCUGGGAUUCCUCCGGGCGGCUCUGGGGUGCCAGGUUUAUGAAGGUUACGGCCAAACUGAGUGUACGGCCGGAUGUACCUUCACCACGCCCGGGGACUGGACCUCAGGGCAUGUAGGGGCACCUCUGCCCUGCAAUCAUAUCAAGCUCAUCGAUGUCGAGGAACUGAACUAUUGGACCUGCAAAGGAGAGGGAGAGAUAUGCGUGAGAGGACCAAAUGUGUUCAAAGGUUACUUGAAAGAUCCAAGCAGAACAAAGGAAGCCCUGGACAGUGACGGCUGGCUUCACACUGGGGACAUUGGGAAGUGGCUGCCGGCAGGGACUCUUAAAAUUAUUGAUCGGAAGAAGCACAUAUUUAAACUUGCUCAGGGAGAAUAUGUUGCACCCGAGAAGAUUGAGAACAUCUACAUCCGGAGUGAGCCUGUGGCACAAAUCUAUGUCCAUGGGGACAGUUUAAAGGCCUUUUUGGUGGGUGUUGUCGUGCCUGACCCUGAAGUCAUGCCCUCUUGGGCCCAGAAGAGAGGAAUUGAAGGGUCAUAUGAAGAGCUCUGUGCAAAUAAGGAGCUGAAAAAAGCCAUUUUGGAAGAUAUGGUGAGGUUAGGAAAACAGAGUGGACUCCAUUCGUUUGAACAGGUUAAAGCCAUUCACAUCCACUCUGACAUGUUCUCAGUUCAGAAUGGCUUGCUGACACCAACACUAAAGGCUAAGAGACCUGAGCUGAGAGAGUACUUCAAAAAACAAAUAGAAGAGCUUUACUCAAUCUCCAUGUGAAGUUCAAGGAAAGUUCUUCUCAGUAUAAUGGACUGUGUAGCAAUACUAUAGUUACUCUUGAAAGUAAUGAAUCAGAAUGAUGCAGCCGAAAAUGAAUAAGCACGUGACCUUAUGAUUGAGCCUUUUCCUGUCCCAAGAGGUCUUUAACAAUAUUUUCUCUAUCAUCACUGAGUACACUUUAUUUUUAUUAAAAUGAUAUUGUAACAAGCUGCUAAAAAUAUCACAGAUGGCAAUGUAAAAAUCAAGACUUUUCUCAAGGACUGUGUACCACUAAAAGUAAUAUAUUCUCAAUGUUCACAGAACUCCUAUUAAACAUAAAGGAAAAAUAUAACUGAUAUACUGUACUUAAUUAUUUGUGGAAUAGUAACCAGAUACAGCAAAUAUCUAGGCAAUGUGGACUACCUCAUUCAAUAACUGAUUGUCAAAAUUACAGUUAAAUCAGACUUAAAAAUUAAAACUAUGUGUACAGAAUCAUGCUAAAACAAGACAUAAUGCACAUUCUACAUAAGUUCAGAGUCUUUAUACAUGACAAUUUUUACUGAUGUGAACAAGUUUUCCCACUCAUUUUUACUUUUAUUCAUGAAAAAUGCAAGUUCAGAUAUUCUUGAAACAAGUGUUAUAUUUAUAUAACAUUUUACAAAGAUCUCUCAAUACAUUUUCUCAUUUAUUAAACUCAUUAAAAUAUUCAGGAACUAUCUAGAAAAAAAUGUAUAGCGACUUCAAGGAUAAUAUGUGUAUAUCCAUGGACUUCUUACACAUGUAUUUUAAAAGAUGUCUGUGAUGAAUGGACCUUUGGGGGAGACUUGGGAAAAGAAACCCAGAAUUAUUUCUCAGGAUAGGCAGCGAUUAAUGUACCUAUGUUCCUUGCUGGGUUCUUCAGGCCUUCCAUUCUCAAUAUGUCCAUGCCAGGCCUGGGAAACCCAAUAUGGCUAUAAUCCUGAAUAAGGGGAGGAGGGAAUGUUAUUUCCAAAGAAAAUAGGUUUUCUACAACUUAAUUUUGAAGAACCUCUUCAAAAUACCCCUAGAAGACUUUUUAAGUCCAUCAUAGAUAAAUAUCUCAUAGGGCAUAAUUCCAUUCAUAAAAUCUUUACAUGCUUCUAAGCUUACCCAUGGAAACCUCCUUUCUUGCAUUAUGUGUUUAGAUACUUCUUGCACCUGAGUGCCGACAAUCACAUAUAAUUAAAGCCCAGCAUGGACAGCAGUUAAGUUCCAAGCUACAGACUGUGCAUCUGCAGAAGGAACCGUCCCUAGGCAAGUGUCAUCUUCUGUAGAGACAGGACUCUGCAAGCAGACAUGGGGGUAGUGCUCAUAGUCCCGAAGUUCCUCUCUGCUGGAGCAACUCCAAGCUGUAAAUAAAUGCUAUUGGUUUAAAAAAAAAAAUGCAUUAUCACACAGGCCUACUGGAUGAAUCUGCAUCAGUGAUUAUACACUUAUAUUUCAGUCUUGGCAAAAGUGGAUCACACCUUCAUUUGAUGCAUUUAUCCAAUUUUUACAUAUUCCUUUGGUAUAUUCUUUCUGCAGACCCUCUACUUAUAAAUCUGACUUUUAGUAUAUGUGCUAGUUCAGUGCAUAUUAACUUUUAAAGGCAGUUCUGAAAAAACAAAUUCUAAAUAUGUCCAAGGCCACAUCUAUAUAGCAUUAAUUUUUUAUAUUUAAUAUGUUUGACUAAUUAAAAGAGAAAAUCAUUACCUGAAUUAGAUAUUCAUACUAUUUUAAAUAAGGCAAGUAGUAGCUUCACAUCUGAAGAAAAUGAAGCCACUUCCCAUUGUCUUUCCACUCAACCAAAAUUUCAUAGUUGACUUUUGUUUCCAAAAGGAUUUUGGACAAUGUAACAUAAGCAAAUAAUUUAAAACUUAUAUUGAUUCUAUUUAUACCUCACUGUAGUUAGAUAUGAUUGAUCAUGGACAGCUUAAGCGUUUCUUCUUUUUCUCACUUUAAAGAUCUUCAUGUGUCUUCUGGCCUUCCUGAUCUGUGUGAAAAGCAUCACACUUGGGCCAAUAAAUAGGUUACAGCAGGUGUGCUGAGAAAAGUAAACAGUUGGCGCUAAAUAUACUGUAGGUACAUUUAUCUAUUCCUCUGUUUAAGUCUGCUGAAUUUCUUAAUAAAGGAGAAAUAAAACAAUAUGCGUUAAUAGAAAAAUCUCUCUUGCUUCAGAUCUCCCAACUUCAUUUUGGGGGAAAAAUUUUGUAUUUCUCUAAUGAAUAUAGAAAAAGGCUAUGUACUUAGGGCGUUCACAUUUAUAGUGGACAUCAGAUCUGAUGUAAAUCUAGAGGUAUAACAGAGAUCAAUUACAGAAAACAUGUUCCAAAAUGUUUGGCCUUUUAUCUGUUUUUCAUUCAAAUGUAAAUUAGUAAUGUAAUUAGUAAUAUAAAUUAGUAAUUUUCACAUUUUGCAAACUAAUCCUGUGUAUAUUUUAAAAUAAGAUAUACACCAUUUUUUUUUCCUUUUGCCAUGAAAGAUAUCUUUAUAUUGUAUUGUAAUUCCCCUCCAGGAGAGAGAGAAACUGAGGUGUGGCGUGGAGGCCUAGUUCCACAUUUAGGAACUCACAAACUCACAAGUCCAGGAAAUAAACAUACAUGUUUCCCUCAUAUGUGCAAGUCAACCUUUCAUUCUAAGUAAAACUGCUAGCAUGAGGAAAAAUAGGACUUUCCACUGCAAUUUUUAUAGUCAGGUAAUGUUUCAGCAGCUUGAAGGUAGCGCUUAAUUUGGUUGUAUUACCCAUCAACGAACUGCUCAUCUUUUAUUUUUUCUGCAGUAAAGAAAAUGAAUUAUUCUUUAUUUUCCAAAUGUAUAAAGCACAAAGGUGAUAUAGUUAUUUCGAAUACAAAAUACUAUGAAAUGAAUGUAAACAAUGGAAAAAUGUAUUUUUUGCAUGAAAACAGACUACUUAACGAACUUGCUUCAUAUCUCAGGAAAAAAAGAAUGAAUAAUCAUAUAUAAAAUUGAUAAAUUAUAUGUUGAAUUAAGUUGC